GCUAGGGUUAGUCUGGGCUGAAACAUGAGAAACCGCGGAGUUUCCCAGCUGGGAUGUUGUGGCCAGACCGCGUUGGCUUAUCUGUACCGCUAGUGUUAGGCUCGGGAGACUGUGAGAAGCCGAGGGGGAGGUGAGGUGUGUCUGAAGCCUGUAGGCUCUGCAAUGAAGAAGAUUUUUGGCUUCGGAAGUAAGAAGGGCGAGUCGCCGUUCGGCUCCUUCACCAGCUCGCGGAGAGAGAGCGGUAAUCGAAUCAACUCCCGGCCCGAGUACCACAUCCGAGACAAGGAUCUCGGGAAGAUCCACAAAGCUGCCAGCGUGGGCAACGUAGCCAAAGUGCAGCAGAUUCUGUUGCUUGGGAAGAAUGGCUUGAACGACAGGGACAAGAUGAACAGGACUGCUCUCCAUUUGGCCUGUGCCAGUGGCCAUCCAGCAGUGGUAACUCUCCUAGUGGAGAGAAAAUGCCAGCUUAACCUCUGUGACAACGAAAACAGGACAGCGCUGAUGAAGGCCAUACAAUGCCAGGAAGAGGAGUGUGCAACUAUUCUGCUGGAACAUGGUGCCGACCCAAAUGUCAUGGAUAUCAGUGGCAACACUGCUCUCCACUAUGCUGCCCUUUAUCAGAAUAUAUCACUCGCAGCAAAGCUGCUUUCACAUGAUGCCAACAUUGAAGCAAGGAACAAGGAGGACCUCACACCACUUUUACUUGCUGUAAGUGAAAACAAUCAGCACAUGGUGGAAUUUUUAGUAAAGAAAGAAGCAAAUAUACAUGUAGUUGAUAAGAUGAAAAGCAAUCGCCAACUGAUUUCUGAAUAUAAAGAAGAAAAGAGACCUAAAACUCCUUCUCAAAAUAGCAACCCAGUGGAUGAGAGUUCUGAAGAAGAGUCUUUAAGCAGGCUUUCCAACAAACCUGGUGUUGAUGAUUCAUGGCCUACAUCAGACGAUGAAGACUUAGAUUUUGAUACCAAGAAUGUCCUGAAACCAAGCUUAACAAAGCUAAUGAGUGCUUCUCGGCAAUCCAAGAAAAACAUAGAAGCAAAAUGUGGCAUCGUGAGGCCAGAGAAGAGAACCUUCUUUGAGGACAAUAGUUCUGAUAGUGAAAAUGAAGAUGUGGUCGAAACCUUUCCCAAACCAUCAAUCAGACUCCAGGGUGUCUCUCAUCCUGCUUUCCCAUCACCUGAACCUCUCCCAAAACCUCUCAAGUCUUUAGCAGGCCUUGGUCUUACAAAGGAAGGAGCAACUAAUCCAGAAAUUGGAGAAAAAGAAAAUGAUACUGAUGUUGAAAGUACUCCACAAGAGCAAAUAGAUCAUAACAAUUUGACUUCUUUUGAUGGAGCACACAAAAAUAAUAGGAGUGAUAUGAUGUCAGCAUUAGGAUUAGGAGAAGAGGAAGGUAUAGAAUCACCUUGGGAUUCUGAGAGUAUCUCUGAGAGUCUUCCACAGAAGUAUGUUGAUCAUUUAUCUGGAGCUGCAGGUCAAAGAGGAAAAAGUAUAUUAAAUGGACAAGUAGAAGAUGUGCCUUAUAUACCUUCUUGCAUGAGUGGAUCGAGAAACUUUAAGAUGACUAAACUAGAGGAUCCAAGAAAUGUAGGCAUACCAGUAGCCCACAUGGAUUCUCCUGAAGAAUAUCCUCACUUGAAGCCUGCAGUUGGAGUGAAAGAUUCUGUUCCUAAUAAAACAGUAGGAAUGAAGGAUUUGCAAACAUCCAGAUCAGAUUUUUCAGAUUGGGAUUCUGCUAGUUUGACGCUCAAUAAUGAGACUUGUCAGAGAGCCGGGCAUUUGAAAGUUGAUGAUAAAUAUCCAUUUGUGUCACAAUCAAUGACCAAAAAUCAGUCAGCAUCCACAGAAUUUGGACAGAUGACCCUAAUAGAUAAAGAAAAGAUUAAUAUCGGAGCGGUGUUUCUGUUAGGGAAUUACACGCUCCAUGACCUGUGUGAGUCACAGCUGCCAGAAAACAGAGAAAGCAAACAAGAUUUGUCAGCAGAACUAGACUUAGAAAUAACAUCGGAGGAAGCACAAGAAAGGCUUGAUGGAAGUGAAAAUAACCACUCACAGGUUGAAGAAGAAAAGAAUAAGCACAAAAGUAGUGAAAUGGAAGUAUCAGAAAACAUAUAUGAUGCUGAUGAUAGUGGAUUAAUUCAACAGAGAAAGAGCAGAAAAACUAAUAACCAACAGUUUCCUACCAUGGAGAAUGAAGAUUCUGAUAGUAGCGGUCCUGGCGUGCAUAUGAAGGAAGUAAAGAAAAAUGAAAAUGAAAAAUGGACAUCAAAAGAAUGUGUGAUUACACCAAUGUUUGAGAAGGACGAUUCACUGAUCGGUAGUCUGCUACACAUGAAUGAUGACAGCAGUUUAAGUGGAGUAGAUCAGGAUGAUGGCAGGGCUGCAAAGGAAACAUCUAACGAAAAGAACAAGGUAAAAGAGCAAAUUGAUUCUAUGGAUGACCUUGAUGACUUAACUCAGUCAUCUGAAACAGCUUUUGAGGAUUGCCAGAUGCUUUACUCUAAUUAUAAGAAUUCCAUGUUGCUAAUUGAACAACUUGGCAUGGAGUGUAAAGAUUCUGUUAGCUUAUUGAAAAUUCAGGAUGCAGUUCUUUCAUAUGAAAGAUUAAUAGAACUUAAAAAAAAUCAAUGUGAACUACUUACAGGAAAAAAUAAAAAAAUGGAAAGUAAGGUUAGUGGGCUACAAAAGGAGCUAUCAGAAACAAAAGAAAUGAAAUCACAGUUAGAGCAUCAAAAAGUGCAGUGGGAACAAGAGCUCUGCAGCUUGAGAUUCACCCUAAAACAAGAAGAAGAGAAGAGAAGAAAUGCUGACAUGUUAUAUGAAAAAAUUAGGGAGCAGUUAAGAAGAAAAGAAGAGCAAUACAGUAAAGAAGUUGAAAUGAAACAACAACUUGAACUCAAUCUCAGAGCACUAGACACGGAACUGAGGACUGUGAGAAAUAAUCUGAAUCAGGUUGUAGAAGAGCGAAAUGACACUCAGAGGCAGCUUUCUCGAGAGCGGAAUGCCAGAAUUUUACAAGAUGGAAUCCUGACCAAUCACCUUGCCAAACAAAAGGAGAUAGAAAUGACUAAUAAGGAAAUGAAUUCUGAGAUUUCUGCUUGCAAGAAGUCUGAGGUGUCCAAUAGUCCUGAAAAAGAAAAAGAUCUGUUACAUAAAAACCACAUCUUGCAGGACGAAGUUGCCAUGCUAAGACUGGAAAUAGACACAAUAAAAUGUCAGAACCAGGAAAAGGAAAAGAAAUAUUUUGAGGACAUUGAAAUUGUAAAAGAAAAGAAUGAUGAUCUUCAAAAGACAAUAAAACUGAAUGAGGAAACAUUAACAAAGACAACAUUCCAAUAUACUGGACAGCUUAAUGUUCUGACAGCUGAGAAUACAAUGCUAAACUCUAAGCUGGAGAAUGAAAAACAAAGCAAAGAAAGACUGGAAACAGAAGUGGAAUCCUACCGUUCUAGACUGGCUACCGCCAUACAUGAUCACCAUCAAAGUCAGACAUCAAAAAGAGACCUGGAACUUGCCUUCCAGAGAGCAAGAGAUGAGUGGUUACGCUUGCAGGACAAAAUGAAUUUUGAUGUGUCUAACCUGAACGAUAACAAUGAGAUGCUUUCCCAGCAACUUUCUAAAGCUGAAAGUAAAUUCAAUAGCCUAGAAACCCAGCUCCAUCACACGAGGGAUGCUCUCAGAGAAAAGACUUUGAUGUUAGAACGUGUACAGAGAGACCUAAGCCAAGCACAGUGUCAAAAGAAGGAAAUUGAACACAUGUAUCAAAGCGAACAAGGCAAAGUGAAUAAAUACAUUGGAAAGCAGGAAUCCUUAGAAGAGAGAUUAUCUCAACUCCAGAGUGAAAACAUGUUGCUCAGACAGCAACUGGAUGAUGCGCAAAACAAAGCCGACAGUAAAGAGAAGACGGUAAUUAACAUCCAAGACCAGUUUCAGGAUAUUGUGAAAAAACUUCAAGCUGAAAGUGAAAAACAAGGUCUGAUGCUGGAGGAAAGAAACAAGGAGUUAAUCAAUGAGUGUAAUCAUUUAAAAGAGAGAAUGUAUCAGUAUGAAAAUGAGAAAACAGAAAGAGAAGCACUUGUGAGACAACUUCAACAAGAACUGGCUGAUACCCUAAAAAAGCAAUCUAUGUCAGAGGCUUCACUGGAGGUCACGUCACGUUAUCGUACUAAUUUAGAAGAUGAGGCACAGGAUUUAAAGAAAAAAUUACGUCAAGUCACCAGUCAGGUAUGUAUGAAAUUUAACGUGUCAAUACUUAAUGUAUAGGAUAAAGUGUUUUAGGACACUAAUUUUCUUGGACGGCUUUCUUUUGUAUUUUCGUUACAAGUAAAUUUAUUACAAUUUUGUUAUCUUUAUGAUGCACUUGUUUCUUAAACUCCGACUUUCAUUCUGCCGUUUGCAUUAUAUAUUUUUUCUUACAAUGUUUACCCUUGGGAAAGUUGAGAAUUGUGCAUGAUUCCUCACAGAAGUUGAGAGACUUUUUUUUCUAUUGAACAGUAUUUUUUAGUGAUAUCUCUACUACCAUGAUGAAGCAAGCCAGAUAAAAUCAGAGGAUAAUGUUUAAUGGAAUGUUCCAUAAAAUUGUCAUUUUUCAUCUUCACUUUCGUGAAUGGAUAUAGUAUCUGUGGAUAUUUAUUUCAUGGAUUUCAGAAUAACUUGUACAGAAAGGUCAUUAUACAAACCAGUUGAAGUUAGGCAUUGCCUUCAUUUUCUUUUCAUUUUAGAUAUAUUGUAAAAGCUUAGAGAUACUCAGAUCGUGUAUAGUAUGUACACCCAAAAUAGAAAAUUAAGAAAAUUAUAUAGAUCCUGCCAUUGUAAUUUUUAAGAAAACUAUUGAGAUAAUUCACAUAUCGUAUAAUUCACCCAUUUAAAAUGUGUAGUUGAAUCUCUCCUUGUAUAUUCAGAGAGUCGUGCACUUGGCACCACAGUCAAUUAUACAGCAUCUCCAUCACCCACAAAGGAAAACCCUGCAUCCCUUAGCCAUCACCCAUGGCCCCCAUCUCCCUCAGCCCCAGCAACCACCAGUCUAAUCUCUGUCUCUGUAGAUGUGCCUAUUCUGGGUAUUUCAUAUAAAUGGAAUCACACAGUAUGUGGUCCUUUGUGAUUAGCUUUUCUCAUUUGACGUAACAUUUUCGAGGUUCAUCCAUGUUAUAGCGCAUAUCAGUACUUCCAUUUCUGUUUAUUGUCGAACAGCACGUUAUGUGGCUAAGCCAUUCAUCCAUUCAUCAGUUGAUGGGCCUUUGGGUUAUUUCCACCUUUGGGCUGUUAAUAAUGCUGCUGUGAACAUUCAUUUACAAGUUACUGUGUGGACAUAAUUUUUAUCUCCCUGCUGUUGGAUUUUAUCCUCUGAGUUAAUUGGCUGAUUUCACCUUUUCUUGGCCUUUACUCAUGCUGUCCUUUCUGUCUUUACAGUUUCUUUUCCUCCUGCCUAAUCCUCCAUUUAUUCAGACCUGGACCCCAGUCUUCUCCAUGAAGCUCUCUCUGACUGUCCUAGCUCUCAUUGACCCUGUCAUCUAGUCUGUGAAGAACAGUUUAGCCCUUAGUUUUACACUGUUUUAAUUUUUUUCAUGAGAGAGAAUCUUGUCUAAGUAUAAAUUUGUCUAACAGAGAAUACUUAUUGAUAUGCACGGCACCUGUCUUGCAUAAAUUGAAAAUAUUUUAGCUUAACAGUUGCUAGGAUACAAUUAAGUACUUUAUACCAUACCAAUAAUUUUUUCUUGGAGCUAUUGAUAUAAUAAAUCUUGUAUUAAAAUGUAUUUUAAGCAAUUAAAUAUAAAAUUAAAAGCUCUUAAUCUAAUAGAGGAGAAUUGUUCAAUUAAAUGCUCUUUUUUUUUUCCCUCACUCUGGAAAAAAAAUCUAAAUUUACCUUCCUUCAUUAUGCAGCCAGAACUGGGGAUUUUGACAUUUAUAGCCUUUCACCAACUGUAAAGCUCUGUGGAUAGCUUCUCCGAUAUCCAUACCACAUAACCUUAAUUUUCUCAUCCGAGUACUUUCUAGACAUAAACAGUUGCUGGGAGUGAACUGAUUCAGAACUUUGAUUUAGCAAUAGGGUGAUAUUUCCAUGCCAGUGACUUAACCCUUCCUCUGAUGGUCAUGUAAGUUAUGUACCACUCAAUCCAGGAGGUGCUAUUCGCAUAUUAAAUCCAUGAUCACUGCCCACUGAGUAGUACAGAGAGGAAGUAAGUUAUAAAUUAUUAUAAGUGGAAAAAAGUACUGGUUGAUUAGUGGAAUCAGUGAAAGUUUUUGAAGUACUGGGCACAUACAUUCUGGUCCUCACACUCCCCGUUUGCUGCCAAUUUCAAUGGUAUGGAGAAUGCUUUCAGUGGGACUUGUACAGGAGACCACUUCUGUUGGCAUGCCAUCUGCCUAAAAUAUCAAAUUGUUUAGAACAUAAAAUACAGCAAUAGUAAUAAUUCUAAUUGUAAACACUUAGCAUUUACUAUGCGCCACGUACUUUUCUAAAUACGUUAUGUAUACCCCCCUCCCCCAAUUUAAUCUUCCUGACAUCCCAGUGAGGUCAGUGCUAUUAUUAUCUUCAUUUUACGGCUGGAGAAACUGAGACACAGAAAAUUUAAGUAAUUUGCUCAAGGACAUCCAACAAAUAACUGGUGGAAUUGGGACUCAGACCCACGCAUUCUGGCUCCUGUGUAGAUACUGCCUCUCACACUAGUCACUGAAGCAUCUGGUUGUCACCAACAGUAGUGUGUAGUGUGAACGUUCAUAAUCACUGGAAGAGCUGUGGUCAUUCACAUAUGUGGAUAUUUAAAAUUAUAAUUGGUAUAGAGCGUGGAAUAAAAAAUAUAAAUAUCUUUCCCCAUUUGGCCAAUUUAUAAGUUUGUGUAUUUAUUUGAUAAAAUAUAAUUUAAAGCACGAAUGAUAUUGUGGUUUAGUACUAGAGGUCAGUAACUUGUAAAGGGCCAGAGAGUAAAUAUUUUAGGCUUUGUGGUUCACAAGGUGUCUGUUGUAGCAACUCAACUCUGCUGUUGCAGCAGGAAAGUAGUCAUAAACAAUAUGCAGAUGAAAGACAUAAAAACAGAUGAUGGCAGAUUUGCUAGAUUAUCAGUGAUUUUAAAAAAUUUUUUC